CUGCAACUGAACUCCUGAACUUGCCUACUGCUGUUUUCGCCUGCAUCAGGAGUCAGUCCAGACCUGUCCUGCGCCCUGCGCCCUGCCCACCCCCCGUUUCUUCUCUUGCACACCAGGCAGGAAAAUGUCCAUUCAUUACACCUCUGUGUGUUUAUUCCAAUAAACCGCCUUCGCUGGGGUGUGGGUGCGUCGUUCUCUUCGUUCCAGCCUCUCAACAUGGUACAAAUAGAUUGGGAGGCUCAGCGAGCCGUCGGCCAUGCUAGAUCUCUAUGGAGAAGGACCGUCCAUCUAGCGGCCAAGCUUCCAAGCCCUCGUUCUCUGUCUCUACCCUCCCGAGCCUCUCUGCGAUCUUCUCUACCCUCCCGAGCCUCUCUGCAGUCUUCUCUACGGUCUCUCCGGUCUCUACAACCCUUACAAUCGCUACGGCGUUUACGCGCCUCCAGGCCCCUUUCCCACCUUGUUGGAGUCUUCUUUCUUUUAUUAUGCCUGCUAUCCUACAGCUUUGCGAGGCAUCGCUCCUUCAACAUUUUCAAGGGCUCGUCCCUUGUGAUUCAAGAUGCAGGCUUACCAGACGACUUCAAUUUCCACAUUCUCCUAUCCGCGCAACCCAAAAACGUUCAUUUAUGUCGCACCAUCACGUCGGCAAUGAUUUUAGACUAUCCUCCAAUGACCCUCCUGAAACAAAAUCCCGAACCUCGCCGAUCUUCGAAGAAGUCUCCUGAUUACGAUGGAGUUAUGAUAGAGAAAGUGGAAUCGAUCCUCCUCUUUCUGAAGACCAACGGGCGAGUCUUUGAACAUGAUCUGGUUCUGGUUGUAGAUAACGACGACAUUCUGUUCCAGUUACCGCCUGAAAUCCUCAUCAAACGCUAUAGAGACCUGUAUCGACGAAAUAAUGACCGAUUAAAAAGGAAGUACGGUACAAGGUACAUUGGAGAGGGCGAUAAUAGACAACUGGUCCAGAAAUAUACCCAAAAAGUGCUAUUUGCGGCUCGAAAGGAUUGCUCCUUGAACGUAACCGACAGCGUCGCCUGCGCCAGUGUACCCCAGUCUCCGUUACCACCCGACAUCUACGGACCAAAGACGGACAAGAAACGUGAUGGCACUAAGAAUAGACCACGGUGGAUUGACGCAGGUGUUGUGAUGGGUCAAGUUUCAAAUCUGAUCCCCCUCUAUGAAAGGGUACUGGAAGAUAUGAAAAAGCAACCUAUACACUCCACCGAUCAAACGGUCUUGACACAGAUGUACGGCAAUCAAGAAUACUCUAGGGAGGUUGCAAGAAGGCGAUCAAUCAGCCGUCUCAAAGAGUGGGUUGGGGACUCUGUCGGCAUAUCAGAUGCGUCCAACAUUACGAACGUACGCUCCCGCAUACAACCAGGAGAUUGGCACGAAUUUGGCAUCAGUCUUGAUUAUGAGGGCCAACUUUUCCUCAACACGAGAAAGGCAACAGCCGAUAUAGAAUGGCUGAAGUAUCGGGAUGUACGAAAAGUGUCUUCUGUGCAGAUACAACACGGAGUACCUAGGGAGGUACGGCUGAACUUGCCUCUUGAUAUCGAACAAAGCGCUUCGAAUCCUUUUAAACAAACAAAGCCAGGCACUGGUGAAGUUGUACGGCCAGCAUUCAACACCAGCAUUGAUGUGCUCCCUCCCGCUUGGAACUUUACGUGGAAUGAUGUUCCACUAGCAACAUAUAUUCAAACAGCAGCAGUGCCUGCUAUUGUUCAUACAAAUGACGACCUAGCACUACGACAAGACUACUGGAAUACUGCGUGGUUUCAUCCCUGGGCUCGUGCAUUACUGCGCAAUCAUGUGCGGUCCUCCAUAGUCCAACCACAUACCCAUCCAGCCCUCGGAGCCUCCGAAGUGCUGAAAAAUCCCGGGAGAAAGGGAGGAAUGUGGCUCGCUAACGAUGGGUGGAUGAGCUUCAAGGACCUCUGUUCUGGGCAUGAAGAAGCAGUGUUCGGCGAUGGCCUGGGAGCCUGGGGCGAAGAGAAACCCAACAAACGUCCGAUUUACAACUUAUGGGGCAAACUAAUGGCAGGCAAAGGCCCAAAAUAUGUCAAAUUAGGGGAAUCCAAAUCGGAAGCAGAGGAAAUAGAAAAAUAUUUGCUCGGCAUAGAGGAUGAGGAUGACGAAUGAUUCUUACUCUAAACAAUUACGAUGAGUGUUUUGGAAUUCGUCUUUUUCUUGUUAUCUUGAGCUUAGCAUUUGUCUCUGUUUCUCUUGUAUACUACUUUACCAUUGUAUUUUGAAUAGCUCACCAAGCUGUUGGUUCGUCGGAUACCCUUUAGAACAGUCAAAGCCCAAAUUUGACUUUCAAAAAUGUAUAUAGUCUCCAUUAUCAUUAUCAAGGCGCAGAGUUUAUUUGAAUGCAUUUACUAUUUACUAUUUUUUUGAAAAAAAUUCGCAUGAUAAAUCGCAAUUAUAUCUCAUUUUCAAUCUCACCGCCCGGUACCCCACGAAAGAGCAUGAAAUA